AUCUGUGUGUACAUACAUAUUUGUGUAAACAGAUAACAUGGAUUGGAGCGUACUUCUAUCACAUAUUUUCCUGGCUGCCAUUGUUAACGGUCAUGAAGUACAGAAGCGCGGACUUAUCUUCCCACCAACAAGUUUAUAUGGAACGUUCGUCGCGAUAGCUGUGCCGUUGGACAUACCAGACAAAAACGUGUUUGUGUCUUAUAACUUCGAGUCCAACUACUCAGUACUUAGUAACAUCACGGAAAUUGACGAAGUCUUGUUCCCGAAUCUUCCUGUUAUUUCUAGACAUAGUAGGAGUAUUACCAGAGAGCUGGCGUAUACUGUUUUAGAAACAAAAUUUAAAGAGAACGGGCUGAACGGAAGAGACUGCUUGCUACGCAACAUCUGUGAAGCGGCAGACACUCCUUUACACCACAACGGGCUUUUGGGACACAUAAUGCACAUUAUAUUUACUCCAUCAUCAUCGAAGGAGGAAGGCAUCGAUGACGUGUACUACGAAGCUGAAUUGGAUGGGCAGAAGGGUGACUGCGACAAAUAUUACGAAGCCUGUCCCAUCAGCCUGUUCGAUAUGAUUACUAAACUUGUUAUCACGCCACAUUAA